AUGCCGCAACAACGAGCUGGAUGGCUAUACAUAUUUUCCUUGCCGUUUACGGCUCUGGCGCAAGUCAGUUAUAACGUGCAACCUGUCGGAAGGCCGCCGAUUCCGUCUGGCUCCCUUUCACGAGGAUAUCAGCCACCACCACAACUGAUGCUACUUGAGCCGCCUAGGAGUCGAUUCAAUUCAUAUCAACCUCAGGUCUACGAAGAGGCGUUCAGGACUUUUGAUUCUAGGAGUCAUCGCGGCCGAAUCAACGACGAAAGCAGUGGUCUCGGAACGCAUACCGAUCCAAUAGUAAUCACUAAAGAUUUUGAUAGAGACACCCUGGAAUUUAUUGAAGAGGAUAAGGCGAAGCACAUGGUAGAAGAAGGUCCAGCUAAUAUUGUGGAGGUGAAAGCAACGGUAUCGUCACCGGAUCGGAAAAUCGAAAAUACUGUAAACAAAGCUGUCAGCACCGAGCUGGAGAGAGCUAUUCCCGCAGUGAUGAACAGAUUACAAGGGUCGAUGUCAACAAUGGACAGUGAGUUGAGGAAGGAGCUGGAACAGGCGUUAGUGGAAGAACUUGCAAAGAACCUUGGUAACACCAUUGACCAGAUGGAAACGAAAAUCAGCGAUGAAGAUUUAGGAAGGUUAAUAGAUGUCACCUUAGAACCAGCUCAAACAAUUACGACGGCAAGGCCGCCACUUAAAGCAGAAAAACCGACAAGAUGGCGUGGUUCAGUUGAAGAGACGUCGAUCAUUGAAACCGAUCUGGAGCCGAACAUUGUCACGUCACGUCCGAUAAGUAUAAUUAACCUGGAAGAGGACUCAGAUACCACAACGCCCCACCGAGAAAUAACAACGAGAGCGCGAAUCACUAUUUCACCGCGACCUACUACGAUAGAACUACCACACGCUGCGAUAACUGACGGUAGAGAAUUCGGCUUUGAAAUGGAGAACACGUUACCACCCAGUAUGGUCACUUUGAUCAUCACCACCUCUACUACUGGAGCUGAUAUGAACCUAUUUUCAGCUAACUUCGAGUUCUUCUCUCUAGGACAGAAUCGGACAGCUGCUGCUUUGUCCACUACUUUAAGUGCACCUUAUUCCAGUACAGGUGGAGCUUUAAAUACCAUGCCAUCCAGCACAAUUCCCACACUGCUUCAAGAACCAGAGCAGAAAAAAGAAAAAGAAAAGGAAGAAGAAGAAGAAGAAGAAGAAGAAGAAGAGAAAAGUACGCAAGUGGUGACGAAAAUCCGUCCCACAAAUUUCGGUGAUGAAAAUAUGAUGCGCUCUAGCAUAGAGCCUGAAAUUCUUCAAGAACAGAUCACUACAAUGCCGGAAGAACGGGAUAUGAAUGAAGUGACGUCUACUGUACCUGCUAUUACCACCGUCCCACAGGCUACAUCUACUGGGCCAAAUAUCUCAAUUUCUGAAGUGACGCCAUCUACUAGUCUAUCUGCCACAAGUGAAACCAAUUUGCCUCCUUUUGAAGUGAUCCCUGGAGUAUUUGAGGAACAGAGGACGACUCUUGCACAAGAAGAAUUGUCCACGGCAUCCCAAGGUGCAGAAGAAAUGACAACCACCGCCAGUUUCUUGCCCGAUGAAGAACAACUGCCUCCAGACACGUUCAUUAAGCCGAAAGGACAGUGUCCAACCCCCAAUGACAAAUCGGAUCGUAAUCGGACAGAUGUGCUGUUCCUCUUGGAUUCCUCGAAUUCAUUCAAUGAACACAAAUUUAUGCACGCUAUCCAACUAAUUCUGGAUACGGUAUCGCACUUUGGAAAUAUUGGACCAGAUGGUACUCAGGUGUCACUUGUGCAGUACAACUCGGAGCCGUACUUAGAAUUCUCGUUGAGAAAGCACAAUUGCAAGCAAUGGUUGGUUGACGACAUUGCCGACACUGAUUAUAUGCAGGUUGCUAAGAAGAACAAUCUUACAGUAUUGGUGAUCGCUACCUUAGAAGCAAAUCCAAGCUACCUUAUGGAACUAGCAGAAACCGCCGAACUUGAUGCAAUACGCGUCGUAGACGAUCAUUCGGUGCUCACGAUCGCAUUGCCCGUCGACGAGGAAAUGGAACAAACAGAGAAAGAGCAAGAGAAAGAAGAAGAACCAAAGACCGAAGCUAAGGAAAAUGCUGGAAAAACAGGACUCGAAACCGAAAUAGGCCCCAUCACUACUGGGCCACUUUACCCAGCCGUCUCCUCGACAGAAACAGAAACACAGCGCAUGGUGGAAUUGGAAUGUUCUCAUCUGGGAUUUAAGGAAAUUCACUCACCUAACGACGCCGGGAGUUAUAGUGUUGAUUUUGUCGUAGCCACCAAUGAUUGCGGUAUCACCCGGGUGCCAUCCAUAUCACCAGUCGGUCACAAUUACUCUUUGAUACUGCAUCUGAAACAUCACGAUUCGUUGAGAACCGGUGACGAUCGUGCCUAUUUACUACAAUGUUUCAUCGGAAAACAACUGGAUUCUAGCGAACUGACAGCCGACCUUAAUAUAAUGAAGGGGGAACUGAUGAUCGCCGAGACGAUCUCGUUGUUAUCGGUGCCGCCGACGUGUGGCUAUUCGAUUCGGCGAGAUUCUCCUGAUGGUGCUAUAAUCCACGACGCAUUCGUCGGACAGACUCUCUAUCAUCGAUGGGAAUGUGAUGGAGGAGAAGUAGAUGUUCACCAAAUUUUCAGAUGCUCAUCAGAUUUGUCCCUGUUGUCGGAUCCAAAAUACGAUGAUGAUCGUCUUGCCGCCUAUUCAGAGAGCAAGGCGUUCGCUUUUGAAGGAGCCGAUUUGUUGAAAUUCCCUCCAACGUGCGAUGACUCAAACACAUCUGAUUUACUGGUCACUCGACGAUUUCGACAUUAUAGUACGGCUAUGGAGGGCGCGCUAAGCUCGGCGUUAUCCACCAAAGUCGGCAUGGCGGUGAACAGGCCGCCGACACUUCAGGAUCGUGUACAUGAUUUAUUUUCGACGAGAGCCGCCUCGUCAGUGAUAGCAAUUGUUCUUCUCAUCGCUAUUAUUGCAACCGGUAAGUAA